AGAUGUGGCGCCAGGAUCGUCCCUCUAUUGCUCGAAGCUGCCCAGAUUGUCUUCGUUGUUGAAUCUAUCUUAUUAAACUACAAGCAAACUUUACAUCAACAUGGCAACUCUCCUGGAUCACGAUCCAACCCCUCAGAACUUCUACGCAGGUCUCAUUCAGGGGCAGAAGUUCGCCGUUAUAUCAGAGCUCACGCUCGAUUCGGGCGAGAUAUUAGAGUCUUGUCCGAUCGCCUACAAGACAUGGGGUCGACUCAACGACACCGCGGACAAUGUCUUGGUGAUCUGCCAUGCUCUCACUGGUAGUAGCGAUAUCAGCGAUUGGUGGAGUCCGCUUCUUGGGCGCGACAAGGCGUUUGAUCCGGCACACUUCUUUAUCUUUUGCGCGAACGUUCUCGGUUCACCCUAUGGUAGCGCGUCACCGCUCACCAUCAACCCUCAGACGGGAAGGAGAUAUGCCAGCGAAUUCCCGCAAACAACGGUCCGUGACGAUGUGCGGGCACACAAGCUCGUUCUCGACGCCCUAGGCGUCCGCUCGGUAGCAGCUGUAAUAGGGGGUUCGAUGGGCGGAAUGACAACUCUCGAAUGGCCCCUUUGCACCACCCCUGGCUAUGUUAAGAGCAUUAUCCCAAUCGCGACUGCGGCAGACCACAGCGCCUGGGGCAUUUCGUGGGCUGAGACGCAACGCCAGUGCAUCUACUCAGACCCUAAAUUCGACGACGGGUACUAUGAGCCGAUUCCCGAGGGCCAGCCAUCGGCAGGUUUGGCCGCGGCGCGUAUGGUGGCCAUGCUCACCUACCGUUCAUCCAUGAGCUUCGACUCCCGGUUCGGCCGCAAGCCCCAGCGGCAGAAGCCAAGGCCCGUACAAGAGCCGCCCCUAGACCUCCCGCGAACAGACGUCCCUGUUGCGACCACGGGGGCGGCACCAACAUCCGCUAAAGAGCGCUCGGAGAGGAAGAGCUGGACCACAAGACGGGACCCCUCAUUUUCCGCUCAGGGGUAUCUACACUAUCAGGGACAAAAGUUCAUCCAGCGUUUCGAUGCCAACUGCUACUUACACAUCACCAACAAAAUGGACGCGCACGACGUAACGGUCGAUAGAGCGCCCACCAGUGAAGAUUCGUCUCCCAUCGACGGAGAUAACGCCUUGCUCUCUGUGCUGUCCGUAGUACCUCCCGGUGCCCUAGUAGUUAGUGUCGAGACAGAUGCGCUAUUCCUACCUGAGCAGCAAGAACGGCUAGCAGCCUGCCUCCCCAAUGCCACACUUGCGAUGCUCAAGUCGUCGGACGGUCACGACGGAUUCUUACUUGAAUUUGAGCAGCUCGGGACGCUAAUUCUAGGAAAGCUUACGAAGGACUUUCCGCAUUUUUACAAGUCUACCUACGACGACACUAGCUUUUCGGGAGAACACACGGCGCAACCUGGCGGCGCCAGUUUGACUGGCGAGGUGGAGGCUUGGUAGAGCGGCUAGUAAAUUGGCCUUGUACAGUGUCUUUACUGUGUUAUUGUAUAUCAAGCGUGUUUUAUUAUAGGCUUCGGGGGGUUUUCGGGGGUUGGCUGCUUUUCCAAGGUGUCAUUAUUCCAGCACUUACUACAGCUGAAAUGUCUUUCGUAUUAGUGAUUUAGUAACACCACAUAA